CGCGGCAGCUUACUGUCGCCAGUCAGUGACGUCAUAAAAUUGAUGACGUAGUUGACUGCGACUCUGGCCCGGGACGAAACUAACUGUAACUUUAAAAUAAUAAUUUUGAUCGAGGAUGCCAAGCGUGCGCGUGAAGGUAUAUGAUAUGGAAUUCGCAAAAAAGCUGCUGUGCCAUGCGAUAUUGGUACACGCUGCGAGUUCUAAAACUUCCAAUACACAACACCAUCAACAACAAUACCAGGAACAACACAGCAAUACCAAUUACCACUGCCGCUACAACACUGCAAUACCAACUACCACUACCGCUACAACAACAGCAAGAACAACCAAAGCUACAGCAACAGCAGAUACAGCAACAGCAGGACGAAAACUGUGAUGAAUGUAAAAUUAUCUGUUUAACACAUAUACAUGUAUAUGUUGUCAGAAUAGACUAUAAGCUAAUUUUUAUCUCCACCUGUACAUAUCUGGUGCAACGCGGAGGUGCUUCUUUUGCUGGAGCUAUACAUAGAUAGAGAAGCAAUGGUUAGCUCCGGGCGAAUGACUCAAAAGAACUGUUAGGCCAGUAUUGCUAGGAAAAUACUGGAAAAGGGAUACUGUAUUUCCAGCUAUAAAUGUGCAACAAAUUCCAGGCAUUAAAACGCACUUAUAAAAACCUCAUUGCCGAUAACGGUAAAUCAGGAAAUGACCGUGAAGAGUGGGAGUAUUUUGAUAAAAUGGAUGAAAUGUUCAAAAAUAAACCAUGGGUUAAACCAUUGACCAUUGCCGGGUCCAACAUCCCAGUAGUUGAGCAAUCCAUAUCUACUUCUUCAAACCAGUCAGCGACGCGUAAGGCUAAGGUCGAUGCGGCGCUUCUGCAGUACAUGAAAGAUACAACUGAAUAUAGACAGUUGCGAAGAGAAAAUCAAAUGGCACGUUAUCGAGAAAAGCUCAAUGCAUUCAACGAAUUGAAGGACAUCUUCAGGGUGUCCAGUUAUCAUGAAAAUUCUGGAAUUAUGGAUUUCUCAUGGAAUUUGAUAUUCUUUGGAAAAGACCUGGAAAUCUCAGGAAAUUUCAGAAUGUAUCUGGAAAUUUGCCUACAUAAGCGAAUUCGUGUUUGCUCUGAAAGCCCAUUUCUUCAUUUUGUGUCGUAA